ACCAAUGAGAAGAUCUGAUUUGAGACGGGAGGGAGAGGUGCGCCCUUCAGUGUAUUCCAUAGCGAUGGAAGUUUUUUUUAAAUGUUUUUAAGUUCCGUAUAAACAUAACCGGUUCGGUUUAAUCGCGUUCGUUCGUUUUUACUUUGUCUCGUGUUUUUGACCAUGAUUUGGUUCGGUAGAGUUGCCAAACUUCACUACAGAGUUCUCCGCUGCUCGUUCUCCGCUGCCUCUGGAAAAAGUUCCAGCGCGAUUCAAGUUCCCUACUUGUCCAGACAGUGGUGUAGAUAUGGGGCACCAAGACCAGUUCGCUACUACAGCACCUUACCACCUGCCACAGAUAUAUCUGUACAGUAUAAGUAUGGACGACCAGUGUUGUCUCUCCCCCUGCCCUCCCGCAGUGAGUUGUGUCAGUUCAGUCUGCGUCCCAUGUUGAUGACAGUAACAGACUUCCUGUCAGACAUACAGAGAGAGGACCCUGGAGUAGCUAUCGCAGCUGUACUGAACACAGAUGGAGAGAGGGUUUGCUCUAGCACCUCUAUAGACACAGUUCUCAAUCAGGACUUCCAGAUCCUCAUCAACAGCACCAUCUACAGGAUACACUCCCCGGGCAGAGAGUCUCCAGAACAUUCCACCAGUAUAGAUGACAUGAAGACAGUAGUCCACAUGCUCCAGUCAGCUCUCAACCUGCCAGAACACCAGCUACUGAGACAGAUUCAGCUUCUCCGCAGACUGGAUACACUGAAGCAGGAGCUGGGACCUCUGGAGGAGGUGCGGGCCCAAGUGGCUGGGAGGGCGGAGUCUCAGUCGAUGCGUAUAGAGUGGGCGGUGCUUGCCUUUCUCUCUCUACAGGGAAGCUUUCUGGGAUACCUGACUUGGUUUGUGUUUGCCUGGGACGUGAUGGAACCAGUCACCUACUUCAUCACCUACGCUACCAGCAUGGGCUUCCUGGGCUACUACAUACUCACUAAACAGGAGUUGCUCUAUCCGGAUGCUAAGGACCGUCAGUUUCUUCACUUCUUCCACAAGAGAGCAGCAAUGGAACACUUUGACACACACAGAUACAACGCACUACGAGACCAACUGGCUACGGUGGAGAGUGAUCUGAAACGCCUGAGGAAACCUAUUCAACUACAGCUACCAGUGGACCCCAUUCAGCCGGGCAACUAAUCACUACACACUAUACACACACUAAACACUACACACACUACACACACUCAGCCCAGCAACUAAACACCACACAUUAUACACACACUAAACACUACACACACUACACACACACUAAACACUACACACACUACACACAUUCAGCCCAGCAACUAAUCACCACACACUACACACUACAAAAGGAGCAAUAUUGUAGCACCUUCAUUUGUUCCGCGUAACACCAGCUCUACAUUACAUCUCACGUGGACUCAGAGAAAUAUGUCAUACGCCUGGGUUCAAAGAAUAUCAUUUCAGAGAUUUACUAUAUGAAAUAAAUUCAUCAUUUUCAUCUGUG